GAGAAAUCAGAAUAUCAAACAAUACCUUUAGAAAAAAUCGAAGAUUUUGGUAAUAAAUAUUGGGUGAGCGUUCUUAGUUCUUCCAGUCUAUUAACAAAUACAGAUUAUACUACAGGACAAAUAUUGGAUUUAUCUAAUAAAUUAGAAGAAGCUGAAGUGACAAUAAAAAGAACGGGUAGAGGUAAUAAUUCAGCAACAAAUCUUACACAAGCAGCACGUGAUAGCUCUAUAACUACAAUUGAAAUUAUACAUGGUUUAAUGACACAAAUAAUUAAAGAAAGAUUAUUUAAUCAAGUUGGAGCGAAUAAGAUAGAUUAUGAUUAA